CCCAUCUCUCCUAUCCUCCUACCCUCCUUUAUUUCCUCUUCUUCUUCUUCUUUAUUUUCUCUCUCCUCUAAUGCCAUUUCCGGCGCUAAUUUACGCCACUAAAGUAUCUUAACAAAAAUUAAUUUAUUGAAUAGUUUCCGAAUGACUAUCCAUAAUCACCCAAUCACUCCCAUCCUUCUCUUACUCCUUCUGAGUCCACUCGCCCAAGCUCAGCCGAAUCAACCCGGGUCCAACCAGUAUGGCCCCAAUUCCGGUGGCAGAUUCAGCCCGUCUAUGGGGGUUAUCAUCAUUGUCCUAGUUGCCGCUCUCUUUUUUAUGGGGUUUUUCUCCAUCUAUAUUCGCCACUGCUCCGACGACACCUCCACGAACGGCACCGUGAGGAAUCGUCGUAUUGGUUCGAUACGACAAUCGCGGCGAGCUCCGCGUGGGCUCGACCCGGAAGUGAUCGAAAGCUUCCCUACCUUCGAUUACGCGGCUGUAAAGUCCGAAAAGAUCGGGAAAGGCGCGCUGGAAUGCGCCGUCUGCCUCACGGAAUUCGAAGAUGACGACACUCUACGGCUAAUACCCAAGUGUGACCACGUGUUUCAUCCUGAUUGCAUCGAUGCCUGGCUUGUGGGUCACACUACUUGCCCCGUUUGUCGUUGCAACCUCGCUGAAGCCGUCAUUGGAGAACCACCUCCAACAAACGACGUCGUUGUGGAGGUAGGUGUAGACGAAGUAAGAAGGGAUGACGACAACGAUGACCGUGAAAACGAGGAGAAUGAAUCAAUGGAGCAGCCUUUACAUGGACGAGUAAUGGGCAGGAGCCGUACGAUGAGGAACCUAUCAUUUGGACGGCCAAGAUGGUUAGGAAAGUUUACAAGAUCGGCUUCAACAGGACACGUGGCGGUAAAACAGUGGGAGAAUAUGGAGAGAUUUACGCUAAGAUUACCAGAGGAUGUACGGAAACAAAUAGUGAGCGGUCAUUUGGAAAGGACUACUAGUUUGUUAGUCCUCCCUAGAGAAACUAGCUCAAGAAGAGGCUACCGGGUCGGGUCCGGUGAAGGGAGUAGCAGGGGUCGGCCAGGUAGUGUCCCGGUGGACCGACCUGGGCGGUCUGACCGGUGGGUUUUUUCAUUGGCGCCGCCUUUCUUUACUAGGGCGCCGUCCAUAAAGUCUCCAAGAGUUGCGGCUACUACACCUACCAACCGAGGACGAGGUGGGUCUUUGCGUGGUUCUGUUAGGGAGAAUGAUGUAACUACAACUACUACAACUCGAGAAGUCUCUUUGCGUGGUACUACUAUGCAAGCUGAGUUGAAUCAGUUACCUGUCUAAUUAAUUAAAUUUAACAUUUUUUCACCUGUAAAUUAUACUCCUAUAGUCAUAGUCAUAUGGUUCUUUUUAUUUAUUUAUUUUCCAAUUUUGUUGUGGUAACAAUAUUUACCAACACACUGUAAAACAUUGUAACAAAUAAGUGCAAUUUUUGACUUUUUGUUUUGGUAGGAA